AUGAUUGAAUUCGUAUUGAUGGUAAACAAGCAAGGUCAGACACGAUUAGCUCAAUACUAUGACUUUCUUUCUAUUCAAGAACGUGUGGCCCUUGAAGCUGAAAUUAUUCGUAAAUGUCUCGGUCGCAAUGAGACGCAGUGCUCAUUUGUCGAGUAUCGUGGUUAUAAAGUCAUUUACAGACGAUAUGCGUCGCUUUUUUUCAUUGUUGGCGUGAAAGACGACGACUCGGAGAAUGAACUGGGUAUUCUAGAGUUUAUUCAUGCACUGGUCGAGACCAUGGACAAGUACUUUGAAAGUGUAAUUAUGUUUAACCUGGAAAAAGCGCACUUUAUCUUGGACGAAAUGGUGAUGAAUGGAAACAUUGUCGAGACGAAUAAACUUUCCAUUUUAAAGCCGAUUCAUUUGAUGGAAAAGGCGUCGUGA